AGGUAUGACAGAUACAAAAGACAGGUUCUCCCAGACCCCGGAAGCGUACCUCCAGUCCCACCACGUGGUUUCCUACCUGAACCACGCUCUCACCACUCUAUACACCGUCAAGGACUCCGACCCUAAACUCCAGCCUUUCCGUUAUCUGUCAGACUACUUUGCACGUGUCAGCGCGGGUAAUCAUGUGAUACACCAGGAUUACAGUUAUGUCUCCAUUAACCCGCACAACAGGGCUAGUUUUGUGAAGCUAUUCUGGAGGGUUUUUAAGAGUAUAGGUAACCAUGGCGACCUCCUCACUGCUAAGGAAUACCAUGCCCUCAUGCAGCUGCUUUGUCCUGAUUUCCCUUUUACUAUUGUCCAAUCUGCUGCCCGGAUAAUCCUUAUGGACGAUGCUAUCUCGGACUGCUUGAUGGCUUUCCAGGACUUCCUCUACGCGUUUCAAGUGCAGUUCUGCUACAAUGAGUUCCUUAACUCGUGCAGGGAGCUGUAUUUGUCUCUGUCGUCUGAUAAAGGGGCGGCUACCGGGGGCACUACCCCCCGACUAGAAGGGGUCGAGUCUAGUAUAUUUCUAGACGGUAUAACGGAUCUAAUAGCCAAUAACACGUACCACCAUCCCUCCAUUAGGGUGGUACACAGAGUCCUCGGCAAGUCCCUCAAACCUUCAUUUUACACAUACUUGCUGGGCAUUGCUAAUAGUGACACUAUUAACGCCAGUAUUGGGGUACUACCCAAGAAGGCACAGUGCCUCGACAGUGAUUCAGCAGCCAAAUCCACUAAAUCAGACUCUUGAGCUUCAACUUGCAGAAAAUUGUUUAUUUGUAUAAAUUAUAUAAAUGUUUUGUAAAUAUAUUCAGAUGUAAAUAUGUUAAAAGUUAUGUAGACGCAGUGUUGACUAUGCUUAAGUGCAGUGUAGACUCUGCUCCUAUAUAUUGUAUUGGUAUUUGUUACCGUUACUAGGACUAGAUAAUGAGAGAUCACUCUUAGAUGUGGCUAAUAUAUUGCAUCAUCAUUACUAUUACUAUUGUGUAGAUAUUUUAACUUGAUGCGCUAAUGCGAAAUUUAAGACUCCAUGCUAUUAAUACAUCUUGCAUCGUAGGUCAAGCCUGCGCAUCUUAAUGGUCCGUCUGAAGUACCGAUACUUCUUGACUUCGCUCCACUACUUAGAUUCUAACCUUGAUCUGCAAUUGACGGGUCAGAUCCUGCAGAACGCUAUUUACAAUUCAAUCGAGGAGAAUUACGGGCAGUUUGGUCUGGGACACGUGCAGGGGCGGAUAAAGAUAGUGUAUCUGGGUCUGUUGUCAGGAACUGCUCUGAUAAGGGUACCUGCAGACUUUGAGAAACAGUCACGAGUCUCACUGAGCAGCUUAGUUGUGGUGAACAGUAAAAGAUGUGUACUGAACGUUAUACACGUCGGAGGGACUAUCAGAUCUUGUCAGAAGCAGCUGGUGAAACAUAAUGUUAACGUUCUACACAGACAGAUGCUAGAUACCCAUGAUGUUAGAGAAAGAGAGCAGAUUAAAGGCGUUUUAGAAGAAACUCUGAAAGAUAUCCGCAACUUGGCUGUUAGCUGACGGGUUCAAAUCUCGAAACAUGGGACAUUCGGAUAAUAUUAACUAAAAGUACUAGCACGUUUUGGUGGCUUAAGCAAAGAAAAGGAACGCGACGGUUACCAGCGAAUUGAGAUAAAAUGGUGGCGCGCAACACGUAACUUCGCUCUAUCGAGGGUAGUUCAAGUUUCCUAUCCCACUGUGUCGAGAUUCGUUCAGAACAAUUUUAUACUGGUUUAUCACUGACUUGGUCGCCCGAUGAAUCAAUGUAUAUUAAUUUAUUGAUGUUAUAAAGUUUAAACACUUUUCUAUGCUUAUCGACUUCCUUUUAUUCUCUAAUGUCGGAAUCUGACGAGAUUGUCACGUGGAAGUUAUUGUAUCUAAUCAAUCUUAACCAACUAUCCCCCAGACCAUGGCUGUUUCCACGAAUGUAUCAUUUCUCCUGUCCUCUGUCCUGGCUAUCACUACCCUGGCAGCUAGCCAGACUUUUAAAGGUCAGCUUGCUGAAACUAAAGGGAUGACCAUACUCGGCGGGGGGAUUGCCUCCAUGUUCUUUAUGUUCGUACUGACAGCUAUCGGCAACCUCGAAGGUAUAAUGAUGGGGAAGGGAUUCGAAUUACAGCUCAUUCCUGAAGUUGCGUUUUCUCUAGUUCUCUCUUUGGUUGUGGCUGGUUCCAUUCACAGAGUCUCAAUAACAUGCUGUGUAAUAUUCUCCCUGGUUAUCCUCUACUUUAUGAACAGUAUCUCUCAGAAGACUCACGGUGUAUCAGAAGCUGCUCCUACUAAACUGGAGAAAAAGAAACGAAGAUAACUCUCUUACUAUAAAAUGCACAAUAAUAAAGCUGUGAACUUAUUAACCAGCAUGGUCACGCUCGACACUACUAGUACUAAUAUUGGGGUUAAUGCAUUUAUUUUGGAUUAUGACAAUUUCAGAUAAUUUAUUUUUACUAUGAGUUUAAACCUUGAUCUGUGAGACGAAUAUUUUUACUUCAAAUAAGUUUUGUGACAUAGUGAGCCAUGUUUGAAUUGUACAUUGUAAUGUGUAUAUUGAAGAGUUGUAUUAAA